AUGAGGAAGAGGAAGUCCUUCGAUUGGAAUAAUUUAGGGAGCUCUGAUAGCAAGGAUGAUCAAGUAGAUGCAGUGAAUAGUGGUAGUUUAGAUAAAGUUUCAUGCGGCCAGAAAGAUUUUGGUUUAUGUAAAGAGACAGCAUCAAAUUCAUUACCAUCUAUGCAGUUACAUCAAGCAGCAUCGUUUUCUGGGGACAAGGAUUUAAACUGCACAAGUGAGAUGGAAGGUACUGCUGGUUGGAAGCUUUCAAAUAGUCCUGGGAAUUUACAAGUAAUAGCACGAUCAGCUAGAUCUUUGACACAUUUUAUGCCAGAUGAUAUCCUUGGCGUUACUUCUCCAAGACCUCUGUCUGAUGGGAUAUUUAAAUUGAAUCAUGUUACCAAUUGGAUUGUGUUGCCAUCUUUUUAG